AUGACAGAACCGAUAGAUAACCCAGGUCCAACCCCCGAUGUUACAACCGGACCCCCGAAAAAAGUUAAAGAUCCACGCAGAGUUGCACAGGGAAAAAGACUGGCGGCGAUUAGUCAGCAGGCGAAAAAAGCAAAAAAAGCAAAGGAGGAGGAAAAUCUAAAAGCAAAAGUUCGUGAAGAAUAUACGAUGAAUGAAAGCGGCUGGAUUUCCGUCGAAAGAUUAUGUUUGGUUUUAGGCGUAGGAAUCGGGUUGGGAUCAUUGUAUUUAACGUGGCGUCGUGAAAAAAGCCCCGUGAAACGGGACGAUGAAAUUAUGUAUGAGAAUAACAAUGAUGUAGAAAAAGAUCCUCCGAAAGAACCGUUCGACGAUUUGUUUGAUUAG